UGCGGAAGUCGUUUCUCGUUGAUCAAAACAACAUGGUGUCACCCUGUGGGCAAUGUGAACGUAAACAGGGAGUCUCAGCUCAGAGAAGAUAAACACCAUCACACCAGCGGGAGGACUUUUAAAGCUCAUGUAUCUGAGAGCGAGUUCUCGGGUUGUCAGAGACGCCGCGGUCCUGUGCACACGGCCCCUCGUGUCUGCUCGACAGGGAAGUGCGUCAUGGUUCCUCACAGCGGGAAAUGCCGCCUGCAGCAGAGGAGGGAGGAAUGGAUUUAUCUUCACGCCUGCCUGUUUUAUUACAUCAGAGGCGUUUCUCAAUAGACUGAUGAAAGGCAAAGCAGCAGAAGCAGAUGGCAGCUUUUAUCGCCUCCCAGCAUCAGUUCCGCCGGACAGCGGUGAACAACUGUCUUUGCUGCUCAGACAUCCAGACCAGCCUGACAACUCAAAGGUUUUGAAAGUGGCGAUAUUAGGUGCCCCGAAUGCUGGGAAGUCCACGUUGACAAACCAGCUCCUUCGCACAAAGGUGUUUGCUGUGUCCAAAAAAGUGCACACGACACGGGCACGUGCUUUGGGCGUCCUAACAGAGGAUGAUACACAGAUAAUUUUACUGGACACUCCUGGUCUCACCACUCCUUCAAAGGUUAAAAGACAUCAGCUAGAGAAGUCUUUGCUUGUGGAUCCCUGGAACACAGUCAAAGAAGCUGACCUGAUGGUCGUGGUGGUGGAUGUGGCAGACAGAUGGAUGAGCAGGAAACUUGACUUUGAGGUGCUCAAAUGUCUGGCCCAGCACCCAGACAUCCCAGCAGUCCUGGUCCUCAAUAAGGUGGACCUGGUGAAAUUUAAGGACAAGCUGCUUGAGAGCACAGUAGAGUUGACAUGCGGAGUGGUGAAUGGACGCAGAAUGCGGGUCAGGCCGGUGAUCAAGCCUCCAUUGGCUGAAAAGAGGCCAGAGAGGGAUUCAGAGUUGUCGCUUGACGAGGACAUCGCAGGGCCCGAGGGUAGCAGUGAGCCAAACUCUACACUGAACAAAGAGCAGCUCAAGGCGCUGAGGAGCCAGCAGGGCUGGCCUCACUUCAAAGAUGUCUUCAUGCUGUCUUCUGUGGACAAAGAUGACGUGGAGACACUGAAGAGCUACUUCAUGGUCGCCGCCAAGCCAGGAUCGUGGCAGUACCACAGUGAGGUCCUGACGGAUCAGAGUCCUGAGGAAGUUUGCACCAACAUCAUCAGAGAGAAGCUUCUGGAGUAUCUGCCGCAGGAAGUGCCUUAUUCAAUGACACAGGCUAUUGAGCUCUGGCACGAUGGAGAAAAUGGUGAACUGGAUAUUUCAGUGAAACUUUAUGCCAAGAAAGAAUCUCACAUGUCAAUGGUGAUCGGCCCAGCUGGCCAGAUGGUAGCACGGAUCGCCCGAGAGGCGGGCGAGGACCUGAGCCAGGUCUACCUGAGGGAUGUGAAGCUGAAGCUCUCGGUCAAGCUGAGCAAGUGAAGAGGGUGGAAGUGACUUUAAGCGGUGAAAUCCUAAAGAGAUGAAGAGGCGGGGACGGAUCAGGCUGGAUUUCUCCACAAAGGACAAACGUUAAGAGUCAAAGGAUAAAAUCCUGUUUGAGUCUGAGGUGGAGUUAUGGGACGGCAAAAACUGUAUCCACAAGCCCAGAGCUCCCACUGAACUGAAGUUUGACGUUUGCAUCAGCAGCAUUCUGUCAGGCAGUCGUAUAAGUCCUAUUUAUUUAAGAUUAAACAAAUAAUCUGAUAAACAGUGGUAGAAAAUGUGAUAAAACUGUUAUUGUUGUAAAAUAAACCUUUGCUAUAAAUGUU